CUUCAUUUCCAUCCUCUAUCCUCCCAACCUCCAUCCAUCUCCCCCGAUUGUCUUCUUCUUUCAUCUUUUUCAUUCUCAAUCUUUGUGGUAUCUUUCUUGUUGUUUCACUGUUUAUCCCCCAGAAUCCCAUAAGCUCUCAUCAUGCUGGGCGCUUUUCGCCGAUCCGGCGUCGUCCAUGCGCUGCGUGCGUCGCGAUCUCUGCUGGUCAGAUCGUCGACUCAGCAGCCACAAUGGCUUGCCUCAUCAGUUCCUGUUGUCUCUCGCACUACCAGAGCGCUGUACCAUCCCUCUCCCGUCUACUUUGCUGCCUCGGCCGAGGCUGAGGCUCAGCAACCUGCCGAGUCCGUGCAACUAGAUCGAUUCGAAGAUUUGGCGAAGGAGGGCCUGGUUGACCCCAAGAUCAUCAACACCGUUACGAGCAAAAUGCGCAUUGAAACCAUGACCGAAGUUCAAUCGAAGACGAUCCGUACGACCGUGGAUGGCAAUGAUCUUUUGGCUCAGGCAAAGACGGGAACUGGAAAAACUCUGGCGUUCUUGAUCCCGGUCGUCCAGCGGAUUCUCACCGACCCGACGGUUACCCUUGCCACUCGCCCCGGGCGUCCAGGCCGUUCCUACCGGAGUGCGGGUUCUCCGCCUGAUAUCCGGGCUCUGAUCAUUUCCCCUACUCGGGAGUUGGCGGAACAGAUUGCCACCGAGGCUCAGCGUUUGGUGUCUGGUACCGGUCUGAAGGUACAGACGGCAGUGGGUGGCACACACAAGAGGUCGGGUCUGAUGAAGAUUCGGGAAGAGGGCUGCCAUAUCUUGGUCGGUACCCCCGGCCGUCUGAAGGAUCUGCUGGACGACCCCUACAGUGGUGUCAAGGUUCCCAAGCUGUCGGCCCUAGUCUUCGACGAGGCGGAUCGCUUGCUGGACGAUGGUUUCUCCCGGGAGAUCCACGAAAUCCAACAGCUUCUGCCCGACCCGGCUGAGGUCGACCGUCAGACUCUCAUGUUCUCCGCCACGGUGCCGAUGGAGGUCAUGGACUUGGUUCGGCAGACGAUGAAGCCUGGCUUCGAUAUCAUCAAGACCGUCUCGGAUAACGAGACCCCCACUCACAUGCGGGUUCCUCAAAAGGUUGCCUACCUGGACGGCUUCCAGAAUGCCUUGCCGGCCAUUCUGGAGCUGGCGAAGCAAAACACCGAAGACGUCCGCGCCAAGCCCUUCAAGGCGAUUGUCUAUCUGAACUCGACCAUGAUGGUCACGAUGGCCCACUAUGCCUUCCGGCGACUCAGCACCGACCCCGAGGACCACAAGAAGGGCCAUCCUCUUGGCCGUCUCCCGAUCUACGAAAUCCACUCGCGGUUGACCCAGGCCCAGAGAACGCGCAUGGCCGACUAUUUCCGUCGGGACAAGUCCGCCAUCCUCUUCUCCUCCGACGUGACGGCGCGUGGUCUGGAUUUCCCCGAUGUCACCCACGUCAUCCAAUACGGCCUCCCCCGGGACCGCCAGACCUACAUUCACCGUCUGGGUCGGACGGGCCGUGCCAACAAGAGCGGUGAAGGAUGGAUCCUCCUGCACCCGGGCGAGAAGUCCUAUUUCAAGAGACUGCUCGGCGACCUGCCGGUCGAGGUAGCCACUUCGCUGCCCGUGGCCCACGCGAACAUGCGCGAAGAGAUCGCGGAAGACGGUUCCGAGACUUCCCAGACUUUGCGCCAAGUCCAGGCCGCGAUGGCGAGGGUUCCUGAGGAUCUGAAGGUGGAAGCGUGGAAGUCUCACAUCGGCACCUUGAUGGGCCGUUUCCGCCCUGCGGGCGACGCCAUUCCGUCCAUGCACGACCUGUCAGAGUACGGCUAUGGACUGCCCAGACCGCCGCAGAUCUCGGCCAUGGUCAUGAAGGCCUUGACCUCCGGCGACAGCAUGCCUAAGCGUGAUAACUCCCGCUUCGGACGUUCUGGCGGGCGUUCGGGUGGCCGCUCUGGUGGUUGGUCCGACGGCCGGUCCGGCCGUUCCAGCCGUUCCGGCAACUCUUUCGAGUCCUGGGGCGAUCGCGACGGCCGUUCUCGCUCGUCCUGGGAGCCCCGCAGUGGCCGCCCCCGCGACCGUGACCACCACCGCGACCACCGCGACCGCGACCACCGUGACCGUCGCGAUCGCUACAACAACGACUUUUAUUGAUUUUCCCUUUGGCAUUCGCAUUCACAUUCCCCGGACCGGCAGAUGUCCAAGUGCCGGUGAUCGGGAACGAGAUUUUCAGAUAAUGUUUUCCCAUCUUGGACCUGUGCAGAAAAGUGUUCGAUAUAGAUGGCAUGUAUACUACUUAACAGAUACCACGUGAAUAUGGCAUAGUCUCUACUCAGAUAGACCUGUAAUAACAUAUACUUACUGACUGCA